UGCCUUGAUUCGUCAAUCCGUGACCAGCACUCGCGAAUAAAGAAGUCGGAUUUAAGAUGGUCAAACUCAUGAAAUUCGUCGUUCUUACGGCUGUACUUUGCUGUUCACUUACGCCGAUUACGGCCAUUUAUUGGGGCGAUUGGGGCAAAGUCGAGAAAUGCCCCAAAAAUCAAGUGGCAGUUGGUUUUUCAUUGAAAACUGAGAGAGAGCAAGGAGCUGGCGACGACUCGGCACUGAACAGCGUUUCCCUCAAAUGCGCAGGCGGCACUUGGAUUUACUCAACUGAAGGACCAAAGGGAAUUUGGGGUAAAAAUUUCAUGUGCGCGGAAGGCAGUUGGCUGACAUCGUGCAAACUUCGUGUUCAAUCUAAGCAAGGAGCCAGCCACGACGACUCGUCGGCCAACAAUUUGAACUGCAAAUGCAGCGAUGGCGUCACGUUGAACGGAGACGGGCUCAGCAACGGCAAGUGGCUAGAUUGGAAAAGUACAUGCCCUGACGGCAUCAUUGGCAUUCAGACCCGAGUGGAGGCAAACCAAGGAGAAGGCGACGACUCGGCUCUCAACGACGUUUCAUUCACUUGCGCCGUAGCGACAGAUUAACAAAAUUCGUGAAAAACAAACGGUUUUAUUAGAUUGAUUUCUGAAUGAUUCUUGAUUCUAAAAUUUGUUUUAUUCAUUCCAAUUCAUUUCUUCUAACUUGCUCAUCAUUUCGAAGUGCUUCUCUCGUACCAGUUACGUGUAGAAGCGAAACAAUUGCAACCGAAACUGCUCCCCGUUAAGAAGCCAAUCUUAACCGAUGCAAGAUUUGGUGAAUUGCGUACAAUUAUUAGAGAUACGACGGUUGUAGCUUUGCUGAAAUCAAAUUGAGUUUUCCUUUUUCUUUAAAAUACAUUUCUCUUUCAUCAUUA